AUGGCAUCUUCACCACUUGUAGAUGAUGACGCGUACUCGAUAGACCCGUCAAAACCUCUUCGGGACGUCAUUGUCUGCUGCACAAGCAUUCCUCCAGACCAGCGGACCGAGAUUGCCCAAAAGGUCGACGAGCUUGGCGGUAUUCACAAAUACGAUCUCACCCCAGAGGUCACCCAUCUUAUCGUCGGCGACUAUGAAACGCCCAAAUAUCGUCAUGUCGCGCGGGAGAGACCCGAUAUAAGAGCCAUGGAUGCCGCUUGGAUCGAAGCGAUCGCGGAGCUAUGGAAAAACGACCUGGAACUGGAUUUCCUAUCCCUGGAAAGGGAGCAUCAGCUCAGGGCUCUCGAGAAGAGCGGGUCAGAAAUAGCAUCCGCGCACCAGGAACAAUCCACAGGUCGCCAGUCCUUGCUGAUAUGCUUGACGGGGUUCGGAGAGCAACGAGACGACAUCGCCGCCAAGAUCGUCGCCCACGGCGGACGCUACACGGGCGAUUUGACGAGGAAAUGCACCCACCUCAUCGCGAGCAAGCCCGAGGGCAAGAAAUUUACCGCUGCCAAGUCCUGGAACAUCUACACCGUCACCCUGGAUUGGCUCGACAAGAGCAUCGAGCGCGGCAUGAUAUUGGACGAGUCCCGAUUCGAUCCGUUGCUACCCGUCGAGGAGCAAGGCCUUGGUGCCUGGAUCAAGAAGGAUCCCAGGCGAGCUUCUUCUCUCGGGAAACGAUCCAGGUCUUUGGCUUCGAUUGUGGCGGAGGACAAGGGGGCCAGGAAACUGCGCAAGACUGCGAGCAUGAAACUAAACUCGCAGCGAGACCACCUCUGGGGAGAUAUCCUGGGCCAUCCUGGCUCCGGCGACGACUCGUUUGCUGCGGAGCAGCCAUCCAUGGAACCGCAUCCGCAUCCGCAUCAUGCCCUUGCCGAGGCCAGCAGCACCCGCCGCCAACCCGAGCCCUUCCGACACUUUGAGGUGACUCAGAAGGAAGGGGUCUUUAGGGGGUGCGUCUUUGCCAUUCAGGGCUUUUGCCAGAAGCGCUACACGGUGCUCCAAGACACCAUAACCACUCUGGGCGGCGCCGUGGCGUCGUCGCUGCAGGAAGUCAUCUCGGGCGGCGCCGAGGCCGAUGAUUUCCACCGCUUCCUGAUAGUGCCGCAGCUGUCGCGGCCUGACUCGCUCCCUGACGCGUCGUCUCGCGACGGCGUCGAGACGGUCACCGAGUUCUACAUUGAGAAAUGCCUGCACGGCAAACAGUUCUUCCACCCGAGCGAGCACGUGCUGGGGCAGCCUUUCCCCGUGUUCCCGAUCCCCGGCUUCGCAGAGCUCGUGAUAUGCAGCGCCGCGUUUACCGGGCUGGAGCUGAGCCAGAUUGCUCGCAGCUUGACCCAGCUGGGGGCCAAGUUUGAGGAAGAGUUUCGGCGGUCGACAAGCGUCCUGGUUUGCAGGUCCCUGAGCGCCAUGCGCAAGGACAAGCUGCGCUACGCCCUAGAAUGGGGCGUUCCCGUCGUGCCGGCGGACUGGCUGUGGGAAUGCAUAGCCACGGGCUCCCGCGUCCCCCUCGACAAGCACAUCUUUGCGGAGCUGCGGAGCCGAUAUCAAGCGAAGCCAUCCGAGGCAGCCGAGGCAGCCGAGGACGACGACGACGACGAGAAGCAGAAGAAGCAGAAGAAGCAGAACAAGGGAAAGCAACCCAGCCAAGUCGGGGGAUCAUCAUCCGGCGCGUCAGACACGCGCCCAACGCCAGCAGCGUCGAAAGCCAAGAUUAUCGGCGGGUUUGAUGCAAGCGACUUUGACGACUUUGCGCCGGGACCGGGAAAGAAGAGCCAGCCGGCAACGCCAGCAGACUCCUUCCCGGCCAAGAGUCGGCCGCCGACGGCCACGCUCGCCAAGGCAGGCACGGACGAUCCGCUGGGAGAAGUGUCCGAGGCCCGCCUCAACAAGUCCCCGCCGCCUGCGAAGCGCGCAGCAAACGAAGCUGCCGCCGAGAAGCCCGCGCCGUCGCCAGAAGAGGCCGCCUCCGCCUCCGCCUCCGCCUCCGCCCCCGCCGCAGCGGAAGCAGCGCGCGGGACGGCCGCCUCCGCAGCCGCCAGACAGCAGAGCAGGGCGUCCGAGCGGCAGGCCCUGUCGUCCAAGCUCUCGAGCCUGAUGCACUCGGCGGCCGACUGUCCCGCCCAGGACGCGGCCCGGCCUCGACGUCGCCAGAUCCUAGGCCGCGCCAUCAGCAACGCCUCCAACGCCAGCAGCGCCGCGAGCCUCGACGGCGCCAGCGGCGCAUCAGGCCCUCGGCAGCUGACGGACAGCUUGAGGGCCGCCGUGGCGGCUGGUCUCGACGACCAGGACAGCCUGGACAGCCUGGCGCCGCCGGCGGCCACGCAGCUCGAGUACGCAGACCCCGAUGCCCAGCAGGUCAAGGAGGCAAUCAUGAGCAGGAUGAUGGGCGGCGGCGUUUAA